UUGUCCACGGUGCUGGUUCUGUGCUCCUGGCGCUUCAAUCGGUGUCCGGGGCAGCCGCUCCUCUCUGCAGCUCAUUGCCCGGACCAGCCAAGAUCUGCAGCUCCUGGGCGGGCAUUCGCUGUCUCUCCCAUCACCGCGCCACUGAAAUCCCUGACAACAUUGUAUGGAAUAGUUUGUGCAGCCUGUCCUGGAAACCUGCAACUUCCUGAAAUUAGAGGACACAACCCGCUCCAGCAGCGGCCUGUCCUGUGCUCACUGACCAGUAUCUGACCGUGUUUACAACAAGUUCGACAUUCCCUCCCUGCUUUGUACCUCAUUCCUCUUUCUUUGAAUCCCGUAUGUGUUGCACCAGUCUCUACGUUAUUUUAAAACAUUUACCCCCUGCACACUCCUUAGAAACUGUGCUAUUUAGCCUGUAUUGCCUUUCAUCAUUUGCAGCAAAACUAUCACAAAACUUCGCGAUUUUCCUUUUACUAUAAUCUAUCUGUGUUUAUUUGUAUUUAUAUGUUGCCUCACUUAGUAUGCAGGAUGUGUUCUAUGUAGAGAGGAAACAUGGUGUCAGUGCAGAAAGGGUACAGUAUGCCGUAAAUAAAUGGUGUAAACCUUCUCAACCGAGGGUCGAGGACACCGGUCGUCGUUGGAACAUUUCAAGGGCUCUCAUAUGGCUGGUCAGCUCAGUGUGGAGUGAACCACGGUGGAAACGCAGAGAGGCACAGCCUGUGUUGGGUGGACUGGGUCAAGUGUUGUGGGGUUUGGGGUUGUGCACCGCACAGUACAGGGAGCCUGGGCCAUUCCUGUGAACCAGCUGUGGCUGCUCCAUGUAUCAGCAGUCCUCCCAGAUCCUCUGAUCUCUGAUUACCUCCUGCCUUGGUUUGGCCUUCUGCCCAUUCUCAUAUUGACCUUUCUGUUCACGGCCUCCUCCAUUGCUACAGUGAGACUAAAUGCACAUUGCCAUACUGACCUUUCUGGCCUGGCAGAGUAAGGGCAGAAGCAAAUUGGAGGAGCAGCAUCUCAUGUUCCAGGCAGCUUGCAACCCAAAUUCAAUCGAUGCUACAAUAAGGAUAUCACCGCUGCUAAUCACAAGAGCCUAAGGCUCCCAAGCACAGUACACCAUGACCCGCGAAGAGGAGAUGCCAGACUGGGAAGGAGCUCAGGAAUUUUACAGCAAAUAUGACCCAAAGGAUAUUCUUGGCCGGGGAGUUAGUAGCGUGGUCAGGCGCUGCGUAGAGAGGAAGACAGAUAUACAGUAUGCCGUGAAGAUUAUUGACAUCACAUCGGAGCAUCUGACCCCAGAGGAGCUGGAAGAGAUUUGUACAUCAACCACGCAGGAAAUUAGCAUCCUCAAAGAAGUCUCGGGCCACCCACAUAUAAUUUCGUUAAAAGACUGCUAUGAAUCCUCAAGCUUCUACUUCUUGGUGUUUGAUCUGAUGAAGAAAGGAGAACUCUUUGACUACCUGACUGAAAAAGUCACAAUGAGUGAGAAGGAGACCAGAAGCAUCAUGCGAGCACUGUUGGAGGUCGUUCAGUUCCUCCAUUCCAAGAACAUCGUGCACCGUGAUCUUAAACCAGAGAACAUACUUCUCGAUGAUGACAUGAAGGUUAAGCUGUCUGACUUUGGGUUUGCCCUACAACUGGCCCCUGGGGAAAAGUUACAAGAACUGUGUGGGACCCCAGGCUACCUGGCUCCAGAAAUCCUCCUGUGCUCCAUGGAUGAAAUGCAUAAUGGCUAUAGCAAAGAAGUGGAUUUGUGGAGCUGUGGGGUGAUCAUGUACACGCUGCUCAGCGGCUCCCCACCAUUCUGGCACAGGAAGCAGAUGCUGAUGCUCAGGAUGAUCAUGGAGGGAAAUUAUAACUUCAAGUCCCUGGAAUGGCAAGACCGGUCCGACACUGUAAAAGACUUGAUAUCUCAGCUGUUGGUGGUCAAACCCGAGGAGCGAUACACGGCCGACCAGGCGCUGGCCCACCCGUUCUUCCAGCAGUACCUGGUGGAGGAGGUUCGUCACUUCAGCCCCUACAGGAAGUUUAAGACCAUCAUCUGGACUGUUCUGGCCUCCGUUCGCAUUUAUUACAAGUACCGACGUGCGAAGCCUCCCAGCAAACAAGUGCUCAUCCGCGAUCCCUACGCUUUUAAGGGAGUUCGUAAAAUCAUCGAUGGCUGUGCUUUCAAAGUGUACGGACAUUGGGUGAAGAAGGGUUUGCAACAGAAUCGAGCAGCUUUGUUUGAGAAUUCUCCAAAAGCCGUCCUGUUCUCCCUGAGGGAGGCCACAGCCCAGCUGGCAUGAAUCCACCCUCCCUGUGGUCAAUGAUGUUAGUUGGUAGAAAUGCAGCACGAGUCUGGCACCGAGCCUUGCCCUGCAUGCUGCUUCUAUUUGUCUUUCUGCUAAGGUGUGCAAUGAGGGUGUAACCUUAUGAAUGCAACUUGCUAAUGUAAACUUAGAGAAGCCGGGUGGUGGUUCAGAUCCCAAGCGGUUCUGCAGUAAGUGCUGAGAAACAUUGGCAUCGGUGUGAUUUGGUAACUUUACACUGGUUUAUAGUCGACCCCUUCCCUCUGCCUGCUGCCCCUGCUUGGCUCACACUGAUGGCUGUGACAUGUUAACCUUGUCUGUCAACAGCCCUCUCCUCCUCGUUGAUCUUUUUCACCAUGCACACCAUCACAAGAACCCCCGUGCUGACCAUCAUCAUGUGGACCCAGAUCCUGACCCCCACCCUCACCCUGAACCCCCAUUACACAAACCCUACCAUCACAAGGAGAUCCACCCUGACCGUGACCACCAUCACGCGGAUCCAGAUCCUCACCAUCACACAGACCCCCACCCUGAACACCCAUUGCAUGGUCCCUGUCCCCACUCUCACCUUGAAUACCAUCACAAGGAACCCCACCCAUAACGCAAUCUCCAUCACAAGGAUCCCUUUCCUCACACUGCCCACGAUCCCUGCUCUCGCCCUGAGCACCCAACCAACAAUCUCCAGCCCUACCUGCAUUUUGGCACUGGGCCACUUACCGAUGGAGACAUGGGAAUCUUUGAUGCAGAACAGACAUCGUGCUGAAGAAAAUACUGAAGCAUUUGUCACCAUGUUCAGCCAAAAGUGUCGUAUUGGCGUCACCCUAAGAUCUCACCAUCACGGAUCCCAUUCUCCUGCCAGUUUUACUCGCUGCACAUGAUUGGGAUUCAACUGAGAGCUCUGGAUGUAGCAAAGUCUGCGGGAUCAGUCAACGUUCCCAUCGUUGUAAUGAAGACCUGUGAUCCACUAACAAUGGCAGAUAAGCUGCUCCAGCACCGUUGCAACAUCUAUCUAACACUGGGGGAAACUAGCCCAAUAUGUCCUCUUCACCAAAACAGGACAAACCCAGUCCAACUAAUUAUCGCCCAAUCAUUCUGCUUUCAGUAACGUGACUGAAGGUAUCAUCAACAGUGUGAUCCAUUGGCACUUGCUCUCCAAUGCCAUUCUACUGUAGAACCCUGAGCUACAAGAAUCAGAAGGGGGGGGGGUUUAAUUACAAUUUUAAGGGGCACAGGGAGAGAGAGAUUGAGGCUUACAUGUGCACAGGUCAUUGAGCGGGUAGGUCAAGAGAGCCAUCGCAAAAAGACACAAAAUCCUGGGCUCUAUAAAGAGAGGCACAGAAUGCAAGAACAAGGCAGUCAUGAAGAACUUCUAUCAAACUAAUUCAGCCACAACUGGAGUAUUGUGUCCAGUUGUGUGUGCCACACUUCUAGAAAUAUGGCUUUGGAGAAGGUGGAGAAGUAAUUUAAUAAAAUGACUCCAGGGGUGAGGAAUUUCAGUUGUGUGGAAAGGCUAGAGAAGCUAGGAUUGUUCAUCUUGAACAGAGGAGGUUGUGGGGGGAAUGUGAAAUAAUUGGAAGUAUGGACUAUGUAGAUAGACUGUUCCCAUUGUUGAGGGGAGGUAGGCAAAAAAA